ACCACUCUUAUAAAUGGCUUCGUCAAAUACAAAACCAAAUCUACAUCUGUAACCCAAUAUACUCCUCCUAUACAUAUAUUCUACUGCCAGAGAAGAUUUCGCCACUUAUAUUACUUUAAAUUCAAAUUAGUAGCAUUUAAUUACAAUGCUACGCCGCCGCAUUCCAAUCCUCGUGUUCCUCUUCCUCGCCGUGAUUCCGGACAACGCCGCCGCCUCGUCCUCGAAGAGCCAGUUCCUCUCGGUGCAGAACGCGGCCAGGGCGGCGCUGCGCCUCCCCCCGCUGGCGUGGGAUCGGCGGAUAGCACAGUUCGCGGCGUCCUACGCUCGGCGGCGGCGCGCCGACUGCGAGCUGCGGCACUCCGGCGGGCCGUACGGAGAGAACAUAUUCUGGGGCAGCGGCGGAGCGUGGACGGCGGGGCAGGCGGCGGCGGAGUGGGUGGCGGAGCGGCGGGAGUACAGCUACAAGUCGAAUUCGUGCGCGGAUGGGCGGCAGUGCGGGCAUUACACGCAGAUCGUGUGGAGGGAGACGACGAGGAUGGGCUGCGCCAGAGUCGUGUGCGACCGAGGGAGGGGUGUUUUCGUCAUUUGCAACUACAAUCCGCCCGGAAAUUACGUUGGCGAAAGGCCUUAUUGAUUUACUUUUACGGUUACAAUUUUGAUACUCCAUUAUUAUACAUAGAGUAGGAGUACUACAUAUUUUCGGAGUAUCUUUUUUCAUUAUUUUUUUUUCUUUUUUGGGUGGUAUGCAACUGUAUAUAGGAAAUAACGAUUAUAAUUAUUUGUAUGCAAAA